AUGGUCAAGGAGCGGUGGAAGACCACGGGCGGCGCUUCCCAACUUGAGGCCCCGCCGCGCGACAAGCCGCAGCGGCCGAGCUGCGGCUAUGCCCUGUGCACCGUGCUGCUGGCCCUGGCCGUGCUGCUGGCCGUGGCCGUCACCGGCACCGUCCUCUUCCUGAACCACGCCCACGCGCCGGGCACGGCGCCCCCGCCCGUGGUCAGCACGGGGCCGGCCGGGGCCAACAGCGCGCUGGUCACCGUGGAGAGGCCGGACAGCUCGCACCUGAGCAUCGUCAUCGACCCGCGCUGCCCCGACCUUGCCGACGGCUUCGCCCGCCUGGAGGGCGCCCAGGCUUCCGUGCUGCAGGCGCUGAGCCAGCACCAGGCCCAGCCGCGGCGGGCCGGCGAGCAGGAGCAGGAGCUGCUGGACACGCUGGCCGAGCAGCUGCCCCGGCUGCUGGCCCGGGCCUCGGAGCUGCAGGCCGAGUGCACGGGGCUGCGCAAGGGCCACGGCUCCCUGGGCCAGGGGCUCAGCGCCCUGCAGCACGAGCAGGGCCGGCUCAUCCAGCUUCUGUCCGAGAGCCAAGGCCACAUGGCUCACCUGGUGACCUCGGUCAGCGAUGUCCUGGACGCCCUGCAGAGGGACCGGGGGCUGGGCCGGCCCCGCGUCAAGGCCGAUCUUCAGAGAGCACCUGCCAGGGCCGCCCGGCCCCGGGGCUGUGCCAGCGGCUCUCGGCCCCGGGACUGCCUGGACGUCCUCCUGAGCGGGCAGCAGGACGACGGCGUCUACUCCGUCUUCCCCACGCACUACCCCGCCGGCUUCCAGGUCUACUGCGACAUGCGCACGGACGGCGGAGGCUGGACGGUGUUUCAGCGCCGGGAAGACGGCUCCGUGAACUUCUUCCGGGGCUGGGAGGCAUACCGGGACGGCUUCGGCAAGCUCACGGGCGAGCACUGGCUAGGCCUCAAGAGGAUCCACGCCCUGACCACCCAGGCCGCCUACGAGCUGCACGUGGACCUGGAAGACUUCGACAACGGCACGGCCUACGCCCACUACGGGAGCUUUGGCGUGGGCCUGUUCUCCGUGGACCCCGAGGAGGAUGGGUACCCGCUCACCGUGGCCGGCUACUCGGGCACCGCAGGCGACUCCCUCCUGAAGCACAGCGGCAUGAAGUUCACCACCAAGGACCGCGACAGCGACCACUCGGAGAACAACUGUGCCGCCUUCUACCGUGGCGCCUGGUGGUACCGCAACUGCCACACCUCCAACCUCAACGGGCAGUACCUGCGCGGCGCGCACGCCUCCUAUGCCGACGGCGUCGAGUGGUCCUCGUGGACCGGCUGGCAGUACUCGCUCAAGUUCUCCGAGAUGAAGAUCCGGCCAGUCCGGGAGGACCGCUAG